AUGGCAUUUGGAACUGUCCGCCGACUUCUGGGUGUGCUGGCUGUUUUGCAGCCCCUGACUAGUCUGGCUGCUGCUCAGUCAUGUUGGAAUCAAAGCACGGCAAUCAAUGGCACUGCUUUCCCGCCGUUGAUUGAGGCUACUACAGAAGACCUCGUCCGCGGGCUGGAAUCGGGCCUGUUCACAAGCGUCGAUCUUGUUACGGCAUACAUUGAGCGCAUCAUGGAAGUCAACGCAACUCUGCAUAUGGUGACCCAGCUCAACCCCGACGCUCUUUCUAUCGCAGCAGAACGUGACUCGCAACGCGCAAAAGGCAUUAUUCACGGACCACUCCACGGAAUGCCGAUUCUGAUCAAAAACAAUAUCGCUACUGCUGAUGCAAUGGACAACACGGCCGGCUCCUAUGCGCUUGCCGGCGCAAAGGUUCCUCGAGACAGCACAAUCGCCGCCAAUCUCAGGAAGGCGGGAGCUGUGAUUCUUGGGAAGACCAACUUGAGCCAAUGGGCGAACUACCGUUCCUUCAACACGAGUAACGGCUGGUCGGCAAUCGCAGGACAGACCAUCGGUGCUUAUUACCCUGGUCAAGAUCCUAGUGGCAGCAGUUCUGGCAGUGGCGUUUCGUCUUCCUUGGGACUGGCCUUGGCUGCCUUGGGCACUGAGACAGACGGCAGUAUCCUGAGUCCCUCGGAUGUCAACAAUCUGGUUGGCAUCAAGCCUACUGUCGGAUUGACGUCCCGCUACCUGGUUGUUCCUAUCUCUGAACAUCAAGAUACCAUCGGGCCCAUGGCUCGGACGGUUAAAGACGCGGCAUACGUCCUGUCAGCAAUAGCAGGGAAGUCGCCUUAUGAUAACUACACAUCUGCAAUUCCCUUCGACACCAUUCCCGACUACGUCGCGGCAUGCAACUUUUCGGCGCUGCAGGGAAAGAGGAUCGGCGUCCCACGAAAUCUCAUCGACCUAUCCUUCGACUCAACAGCUGCGCCGAUCGUGCCCGUCUUCGACGCCGCUCUGGACGUCCUUCGCGCGGCAGGAGCGACUAUCAUCGACAAUACCAACUUCACUGGCUACGAUGCUCUCAAUGAAGGCAACUACUCCAACAUCGUCCUCGAAGCGGAUUUCAUCAGCAAUCUUGCGAAUUACCUCUCGGAGCUCUCGCACAAUCCCAACCAUGUCUACUCCGUGGCAGACGUCCGCAACUUUACUCACUCAUUCCCUCUGGAAGACUGGCCCGAGCGCGACACGCUGGUCUGGGACGGCGCGUUGGAUCUUGGCUUCAACAACACUUCGCCAGACUUUUGGUCGAAUUAUACGAUGAAUACCUAUUUGGCCGGUCCACUGGGAAUUACAGGCGCGCUUGCCAACUACUCCUUAGAUGCUCUGGUGUUGCCGACGGAAUUUUCGCCCAACUUCCCUGCUCUGAUCGGAUCGCCUGUCGUAACGGUGCCUCUCGGAGCCUUCCCUCCUGGUACACCAGUUACUCCAAACGGAUUUGGCAACCUGAAUGCCACUGCACCAAAUCUCCCGUUUGGAAUCAGUUUCAUGGGACCCCAUUUCAGUGAAGAGUUGCUCAUCGGGUUGGCAUAUGCAUUUGAGCAAAGGACCCUUGUUAGGAACACUAUUACGCCCCAUAUACAAGCCACGGUGGAGCUGGUUGACGUGGUCAAUGCGAGGUUGAACAAGUCACUGAGCUAG